GUUCUACGUGUGGACUUUUCCAGGGACGAGGUCACAGCAGAAACGCUAGUCCAACAAGUGUUUGCUUACCUCAGCUGCUGCUUCGAACUGCUGGAGUACGCCUCCUACCACCGUUCGUUCCCGUCGUUGUCAGCUGCACUUCUAGCCCCAGCAAGCACAGAAGCCUCUCGGGCACAGAUUCUGCAACAAGCAAAAGCAGAAUGGAACACAAUCUUGGAAAUGGAAAAAACAACAGCCGGACAACUAUUGCUGAAAAGGCAUUGCUUGUUCACUACUUUCCAAUCCUUUCGUGAACUUCAUUCUGUGUGUGAGCGACAUGGAUACAAGUUCGGGGAGCCGAUUCGGGAGGUUGUCAAAGCCUGGUUUCCUCCCUUCGGGCAGAGCAGCAACCUGGAGAACGUGUUUCGAGAACUUGAAAGUGCUGUGAGGAAAUCCGGCCCUCCGCAAGAUUCAUUGACGAAUCUGGCUUGUGUGGCUGUCAGAUCCUUGGAGCGAAGAAUUUGCAACGAGAAGAAUGUUACCCCGGCGACACCCGAGCUGACUGAGCGGGACUGGGAGGGGAAAGAGAUCAGGGCAUUGAAGAAUCGAAUUUGGCAUCCCAAUUCGGCCAUGCCGUGUAAGCACAUCCGCCUCGAGGACAUCCUCAAGCCAUUCCCAACCACGUCCGCCCACCACUGGACCCAUCACGGGCUGAACUGCCUGCUUGGCUGGAAAUCAGCCAUCGAGAAAGGAGAAAGCCCCGUCGAUGCCUCCCAGCACUUUUGGGUUGCAAGCUGUUUCCAGAGAGGAGUUGUGUUUCGUCACAACGGCAAGUUCUUCAUGUGCAUGGGAAACACAUAUGCCGUGAUUCAUGCUGUCGUGUUGCACGAGACCCCGUGGACCUUCACAGGGCAGCUGCCGCCCGCAAGCAAGGAGAACCGCUGUGCUACGCAAGGCAAAGCCAAGAGAACGAUUGAGGAUUGUUUCCGAAAGCCGGAGGAUUCCACAAAGGCCCUGUGCUUCCGCAGAGGCCAGUCCAACUACACAUCAGUGUUCAUUCGAGGUUAUGGGAAAAGCAACAGCAAAGAACCAGUUGAAAUCUUUCAGUGCACUUUCCACGUUGCAGAUGCUGCCCGGGCCGCAAAGACGGGCAGCAUUUUGAUUCGGAGGGCCCCAGAUGGUUGGAGUCUCCUGGUGUUUUUGUUUCGAACAGAACGCAUUCUAACAAUCACAUCAGCGGCAUUGAGCGAGCUCCUCAACUUGGAGGGCCUGAGACUUCCCAAGAACGCGGCGAAAGCAGCGAAGAUCCGGAAGCUCAUGGAAUCUGCUGCUGUGGUCGCGAACACAGAUCAGAUCUUCAGAGACAGAAUCGAGGCACAACUCGUGCAUCAAGAGCAAAAGAAAAGCAAGCGGAAGGCCGAGACCGCCGAUGAGCAAGAUGACGAGGGUGAUGCGGAGCAGGCAGAGCAGGACAUAGAUCCUGCUUGUGCUGCUUGUGAGCAGCUUCUCGUUGAAAUGGAGAAAGAGGACGCCGCCGACUUGCAAGUGGAA